AUGGUUAACGUUGGAUUAGUGUUUUUUGGUGCUUUUAUUUUCCAUGAAGGUGCUAGUAUUCGUCUUCUUACGACUGAUGAAUUGGAGAACCACAUCAGCCCCGAAGACUUGAAGCAGUUUGAGAUGAUGCUCACUGUCACCACGGCGGUGCCGGGGGCUAACGACACCGACUAUGCUGACGCAUAUGCAGAUCUAGACGACGAGGAUGACAUCAGGGUGGGAGUGCCCGCCACGGUGGACUGCUUCGGCCUGGGCCCGCUGGCGCGGCAGCUGCGCUGGUUCGUGGACAUGCGGCCUGAUUCCAAGCAGACGGUCAACACGCACUACUACUUCAUGUCCAGGAGUAGAAGGAAGAGGGUUCAGGUGCUAGCAGGCGAGCAGUUCGGUCUGGAGUGGGUGGACUUCGACCCUCAGAGGAAGACCGUGCUCAUAGUGCACGGCUUCAUGAGCCACAGCAACGCCUCGUGGGUCAACGACAUGGCUGCGGCCUUUCUGCAAUGGAAAGACAUGAACGUGAUAGCGGUGGACUGGAGCGGCGGCGGCAACACCUGGAAGUACUGGAAGGCGGUCGCCAACACGCGCAGAGUCGGCGCUGACGUCACUGAAUUCCUGGAGCAGCUGAUGAACGCGACGGGUGCUAGAGUGAAGGACUUCCACCUGGUGGGGCACAGCCUCGGCGCGCACAUCUGUUCUUACGUGUCCUACCAUCUGGGCGGAGUUAGUCGGAUUACAGGGCUGGACCCGGCGCAGCCGUGCUUCCGCACAUCAGACCUGACGAGCAAGCUGGACACGUCGGACGCAGACUUCGUGGACGUCAUCCACACCAACGGACGCCUGCUCAAGAAGAUUGGCUUCGGACUGCCCGAGCCUAUCGGUCAUGCGGACUUUUACCCCAACGGCGGCAUGAAGCAGCCAGGCUGCAGGAACAAGACCAGGUCAUUCUGGUCCCGCGUGCUCGGACGACUGUCUCCUGAACACCUGCAGCAGGCCGUCUGCAGCCACGGGCGCGCGUACCUGUUGUUCACGGAGUCGCUCAUCAACAACAACUGCACGUUCCGCGCGCAUCGCUGGAACCUCACUUACGAAGGGGUGAACUCCAGCAUAGCUGAUGUGUGCGACAAGUCGUCAGCAUCGUGCGCUACGAUGGGCAUCGACGCGUUUUCAGGAGGAAAACCGAAAGCUAAAGGAGCGUACUUCGUGCUCACCACAGAGAAAGAGCCUUUUUGCCCGUCCGACUGGGAGCGCGCGCACCCCCGCAUAGACCUGCUCCGGGACUUCCUGCACGGCUUCCAGCUGAUCCGGCCCAGCCGCGUGCCGCCCACGCCUCAAUAUGCGGAGCCUGACAGAGGGUUCGACCCCGGAGAUGAUGAUGAUGACGUCACGACUACCACGCAGAAGAGCUGGUAUCGACGGUGGUUCGGAUAG